AUGGCAGCCAUUCGCAAGAAAUUGGUUAUUGUUGGGGAUGGCGCUUGUGGCAAGACAUGCUUGUUGAUUGUGUUCAGCAAAGAUCAAUUCCCUGAUGUGUAUGUACCAACAGUAUUCGAGAAUUACGUUGCUGAUAUAGAAGUUGAUGGGAAACAGGUUGAGUUAGCGCUUUGGGAUACUGCUGGCCAGGAGGAUUACGAUCGAUUACGCCCUCUCAGUUAUCCAGAUACUGAUGUAAUUUUGAUGUGCUUUAGUAUUGAUUCACCUGAUUCACUUGAAAAUAUUCCUGAGAAAUGGACUCCUGAGGUGCGACAUUUUUGCCCUAAUGUUCCAAUCAUUCUCGUUGGAAAUAAAAAAGAUCUACGAAAUGAUCAGCAAACCAUUCGCGAGUUGGCAAAAAUGAAGCAGGAACCAGUUAGACCAGAGCAGGGACGUGCGAUAGCAGAACAGAUAGGGGCCUUUGCAUAUUUAGAAUGCUCCGCUAAAGCGAAAGAUGGAAUUCGUGAAGUAUUUGAAAAAGCUACUCAAGCAGCGCUGCAACAGAAGAAAAAGAAAAAAAGCAAAUGUGACAUUCUGUGA